AGUAGCAGAGAUCGAGGAAUUUGAUUCUUUCCUUUUUGUUUCUGGGUUUUCUUUUUUGGGUUUGUAGAUUUUUGUUUGUUUGAUUGUUCAUGGCGAAAACUGGAGUUGAGGCGGAUCCAGAAGUAGCUGCGAAGGCGUCGGAAUUGAAGAAGGAACUACGGAGACUCGUGAAGAAAAUUGUGGAUGAAGAUGACUCGCUGGUGGAUAGUUUCGAUCGAACCAUUGAAGCCCUUUUGAAGUUGAAGGAUUUGAAGGUCAAAAGAUCGCAAUCUCUCAAACUCGACGGCCCACUCGAUUUUCCAGACUAUUUCCGUUGCCCUCUCUCUAAAGAACUCAUGAGAGAUCCUGUUAUCUUGGCUACCGGACAGACUUAUGAUCGACCCUUCAUUGAGAAUUGGCUAAAGGCAGGAAACCGGAUUUGUCCAAGGACCCAACAGGUCCUCUCACAUACACUCCUCACACCCAAUUAUCUGGUCAAGCAAAUAAUUUUGCAGUGGUGUAAGAAUCAGGGGAUCGAAAUGCCCGUCCCUGUCCAAGACACUGAAGAUUUAGGGAUCACACAAGCAGACCGAGAACAAUUCAAAUCUUUGCUUGAAAAGAUGUUAUCCCAAUCUAUUUCUGAGCAGAAAGUUGCUGCAAGAGAACUCAGGUUUAUGACCAAGAAAAUACCCUCCUUCCGUGCUUUAUUCGGCGAGUCCGAAGAUUAUGUUUUGCACUUGCUCCAUCCGCUCUCACAAGACAAUGUCGAUAUUGAUCCUGAACUACAAGAAGACUUAAUCACAACAGUCCUGAACCUCUCAAUCCAUGACAGCAAUAAGAAGUUUGUUGGAGAGAUUCCAAUGGUCAUUCCUCUGCUUAUUAAUUCCUUGAAGUCUGGCACCAUUAAGUCAAGGACCAAUGCAGCUGCUGCCCUCUUUACCUUAUCAGCCAUUGAUUCCAACAAGACACUUAUAGGCAUGACAGGGGCUCUAAAACCCCUAAUUGAACUACUAGAUGAGGGUCACCCAUUAGCCAUGAAGGAUGCUGCUUCAGCAAUUUUCAACCUGUGUAUGGUCCUUGAGAACAGGUCAAUGGCUAUCCAUGACAGGGCUGUUGUGGUGAUCCUGAAGAAGAUCAUGGACCGUGUAAUGGUUGAUGAGUUAUUGACGAUUCUUGCAAUGUUGUCAAGCCAUCAUAAGGCUACCGAGGAAAUGGCUGAGCACGGUGCUGUGCCUGGCUUGCUUAGCCUCAUUAGGGAGACUAAUUGUGGGCGCAACAAGGAGAACUGUAUCGUCACCCUCUACAAUAUUUGUUACAAUGAUCGAACCAAGUGGAAAGAGAUAAGGGAAGAGGAGGAUACCAAUGGCACAAUAUCUGAGCUUGCUCGGAGUGGAACUUCAAGGGCCAAGAGGAAGGCAAGUACUAUCCUGGAUAGAUUGAAUAGAAUUGCUUCCAUGACCCACACUGCAUAAUGGAUUUCCUUGCCCACCAUUGCCAAAUUGUCUCUGUAAAUAAUGUUUUUUCUUCCAUCCAUUACUUUGCACACAGAUCAGAUUCUGUUCCUGUAUAAAGUCAAAUUCCCAUACAUGUUCCAUAUUCUUCAUACC